AUGCCGAUGUAUCAGCCUUUGAGUAAGAGGAGAGAUGGGUACGAAGUGGGUGGUGGUGGGCAGGUGUUGGAUCUGGAAACCGCAGUGAAAGAUGGGAUUUUGGGUGGUGGAGGUGGGGUGGUUCACGGCAGCGCCACCGGGGAGAAAUUUGAUCUGAAAAAGAUGAUUGAAGAGCUCGAUAUGGUCGACGUUCCGUCGGUGUUUAUUUGUCCAAUCUCAUUAGAGCCAAUGCAAGACCCUGUGACCCUUUGCACUGGGCAGACCUAUGAGAGGUCCAACAUUCUCAAAUGGUUCUCCUUGGGCCACUUCACUUGCCCCACUACAAUGCAAGAGCUUUGGGAUGAUUCUGUCACUCCAAACACCACCCUUUACCAGCUAAUUUACAGUUGGUUUUCACAAAAGUACUUGGCAAUGAAGAAGCGUUCAGAGGAUGUGCAAGGAAGGGCUUUGGAACUGUUGGAGAAAUUGAAGAAGGUCAAGGGUCAAUUGAGAGUUCAAGCAUUGAAAGAGUUGAGACAAGUUGUUACAGCCCAUGAUUCGGUGAAAAAAGCAGUGGUGGACAACGGUGGCUUGGGUUUGAUUUCGUCUUUACUUGGUCCUUUCACUACACAUGCACUUGGUUCAGAGGCAAUUGGGAUUUUGGUGAACUUGGAUCUCAAUUCAGAUACAAGGACUAAUUUGAUGCAACCCACAAAGAUAUCCUUAAUGGUGGAUAUAUUAAACGAGGGAUCGAUUGAUACGAAGAUCAAUUGUACGAAAUUGAUUGAAAUGUUGAUGGAGGGAAAGAAUUUCGAGUCAGAAAUCGUGUCGAGUUUGAGUCUGUUGGUGGGACUAAUGAGAUUAGUCAGGGAUAAGAAACACCCAAAUGGGGUAUUGGCUGGACUCAGAUUGCUCAAGAUGGUUUGUUCUCAUGAACCUGUGAGAAACUCUGUAGUGAGCAUUGGCGCUGUUCCUCAAUUGGUAGAGGUAUUGCCUAGUUUGAAUGCUGAAGGCUUGGCAUUAGCACUAUAUAUUCUUGAAGUUUUGUCAACAAUUCCUGAAGGUAGAUUGGCUCUUAAGGAUUGCCCCGGGACUAUUCCGAAUGUGGUCAAGUUGUUGAUGAAGGUUUCAGAGAGCUGUACUCAGUUUGCGUUAUCGAUUUUGUGGGCCGUGUGCAAGCUUGACCCUGAAGAAUGUGCAGCGCUUGCUGUCGACGCCGGCCUUGCAGCAAAGCUCCUCCUUGUAAUUCAGAGUGGUUGCAAUCCGGUAUUGAAGCAAAGGUCAGCAGAGCUCUUGAAAUUGUGUAGUCUAAAUUACACAGCUACGACUUUCAUUUCGAAAUGUAAGCUUACAAGAACAAUACAGUGA